UAACUGGUGCUCCAGUACUCGGGUUAACACAGCCGCUAUAAUCAGAGAAAUGUCCCUGGCUGGUACGCUGCACAGUUUCUGGGUCAGUCCUCAGCCCUCUGAGGGGGCCCCAUCCACAUGAGCAACAGAGAGCGAGGGUGGGAGAGAGAGAGAGAGAGAGCGGGUAAGGUAUUUAUAGAAAAAUGGGGCUUCGCUGUACCUUUUCUUGCAAAGAACCAUUUCAGAAGAGCGUGUCCCAGUUUUCUGAUUGUCGCUCAGCUUUAGGCUUUGGGCUGAGGCUGAGGCUGGUCUGCCUCACCCAGGAUGGAGAGCCUGACUUCAAGACCCUCUCCGCUCUCCGCCAGGCUCCCUCACCUGAGCUGCAGACUGCUGGUUCUCUGAUUGAGAACAAAGGGAGGCAUUGAACCUGAUAACCUACAGAUGUGACCUUAUAGGAACACUUGAUUUGGCCAGCUGGGUGGAGGCUUUUGGAGGCAGUGAGCUCAGGUGAGGAGCGGCUCGAGGGUGUCCGAGGGCACCCUUCAGCUGCGUCGACCUCCAGGCCGGGGGCGAAGGGAGGCUGGCCGGAACGUGCCCUGCCGCAAGCCGGGCAAGGAUGAGGCGUUUCCUGAGCAGAAAGGGCCGCUUCUCCCUGCGCCAGAGUAAGUCUGGGACCCGGAGUGCCUCCAAAGAUUUCUACCUCGGCCUUCCAGCCACCAAUCAGAACUGGCCCGAGGCGUUUGGCUUCCGACUGGGUGGCACUGGGCCCAGCUACAUCCUGUCCGUGGUGGAGGGCAGUAGUGCCUACCUGGCUGGCCUGCAGCCCGGGGACCAGGUGGUGGACAUCGAGGGCCAGGAUGUGACCAACCUCAGCACACCGGCACUCAUCGCUCUGGCUCAGACCCUCAAGACGGUGCCACCCAGCAUCGGAGUGGUGUCACGGCUCGAACAGAUUGACAUCACUCCUGGCCCUGACGGCCGGUUUGGCUUCACCAUCAUUGGAGACAGCCCUCUGAUGGUGGAGGACUGCAUGCCCAACGGUCCAGCUGGUCGCAGCGGCCUCAAAGUCCGGGACUACGUCAUGGAGGUGAACGGCAUCCCCGUGAAGCACCAUGAAACGGCAGCAGCCAUGAUCAAAGCGGCUCAGGGGCGGCCUCUGCGUCUGGGCGUGCUCAGCAUGGCGCGGCGGCCCAAGCGACUGAGCAGCAGCAUGAGGGUGUUGUCACAGAGCGGGGACAGUGUCAGGGAGAGUCGUGCUCACAAGGCCAUGGAGUUCAAUAAGAAAGUGGAGGAAGUGCUCGGAGAGGAGCCAGAUGUGAAGGAACAGCUGUUUGAGGUGCUGAAGCAAUACGCCGCUGAGAGGGAUGUAGAGAGUCUGGCUGAGGCCCUGCCCGACAUCUUGAUCACAGAGGAGCAUCAGCAGCUGAUUGACAGCGUCAGGAUCUUCAUUCCCAAGAAGCACCGGGAGCGUUUUGACGAGGUGGUUUCCCAGAGCCUGAUGAGCAGGAUCAAAGGGCGGAGCUUCAGCGACCCUAGCCGUAGCCACCUCCGCCGCAGCAGGAGCGAGGACCACCCCGAGCGCCUCCUCGUCUCCACCCGUGCCAGUUCAGUGCCACGCACCCACGCAGAGGAAGGCGGGGCCCCACCAGCACGCGGCAUGCGCAAGACCACCUCACUCAUAGCUGGGCACUCCAGCGGCAACACCACCAACUGCAGGACAGUGAGAGUAUGUAAGGGCAACAUGAGCUUUGGCUUCACUCUCAGAGGACACGCCCCUGUGUGGAUUGACUCUGUCAUCCCCGGAAGUCCAGCAGACAAGGCCGGUCUGAAACCAGGAGACCGCAUCCUGUUUCUCAAUGGGCUGGACAUGAGGACCUCCUCUCAUGAGAAGGUGGUGUCCAUGCUCCAGGGCAGUGGUGCCAUGCCCACUCUGGUGGUGGAGGAUGGUCCGCCCUCUUUCACCAUGUCAGAGCAGGACCUCGCGGGGGGUGGCGUUCCCACAGAACGCGCCCGCUCCCCUGUGCUCAGCUCCCUGCAGUGGGUGGCAGAGAUCCUGCCCCCAAGCAUCCGUGUUCAGGGCCGCACCUUCGGACAGCAGCUGCAGCACCUGCUGACCAUCCAGGAGAGGUACACCAUCUGCAAGGCUCUGGAGAACUUCUUCCAGCACAGGAAUGUGGACACUCUCAUCGUGGAUGUGUUCCCGGUGCUUGACACUCCAGCCAAACAGGUGAUCUGGCAGUUUGUUUACCAGCUGCUGACAUAUGAGGAGCAGGAACACUGCCAGAGCAAGAUCUCACGCUUCCUUGGAUUUAAAGCGCCAGUACCACCACCACCACCUCCUCCUCCCCCUCCUCCAGAGCCUGAGGUGGCCCCCGAGCCCCAUCGACGUAGCAGCUCCAUGAGGGUGACAGGGACCACGUACAGGAGCAGUGUGAGGGGCCGUAGCUCUGAUGACCUGGUCAUUGGAACACACUUGGGCCUGGGCCUUCGUUCAGAGCCCGUGCUGGAGGUAGGGAUGAGGUUGGCACCAGGAGAGAGACAGUCUGGCGAUGGUACUUCCCUUCCGGAAACUCCCAACAACCUCACCAAUCUGUCAGCAGUGUACGCUGAACUGGAAAACAUGUAUUCAUCCAAGAGGUCCAAGUCUCUGAAGAGUCGUCCUCCUCCUGCACCAGAGAGUUUGCUGGAUCUGGAGCCCCUCUCGCGCACAUCCUCCCCUUCAAUACAUGCUAACACAGGUAGCAGAAAGGGCCCACCACUGCCUACAUCCUGGCCGGAGCCCCUCCCAAGCCCCCCUGCAGCCCAGUUCUACUCGUCAGGUCUGACAAGUCAAACCAGUGGAGAUUCGAACCCUUACAUCAGCCUGGACAGCCCUCCCCCAUCUCCUCCAGAGCCCCCUGACUACCCGUCUAGUCCCCCUACCCAUCGCAGCAGCAAGCGCCGCUACACCUUCUCCAAACCACCACGCUCAGAAGACACAGAUCGCUUUCUGGAUGCGCUGAGCGAGCAGCUGGGACAGAGGGUGUCUAUCGUUGAUGACUUCCUGACCCCUGAGAAUGAUUAUGAGGAGGAUAUUGUGCAGAUGGACUUCCCAGAUGAGGAGGAUGAUGAUAAUGAAGAGGACUUGGUGGUGGACGAAGAGGAAAAUGGAGGAUUUGUGGCCCCAGAGCUCAGCAGCCCGAGUGACGUUCAAAGCAGCAGCGGAGAAGAGAAUGCCUCCUCCCUCACCUACUCGUCUUCCUCCGACCAUAUCCCUCCGCCCCCAAUGACCCCUCCACCACCCCCACCUGUGCAGUUCAAUGAUCCGCCUCCCCCCCCUCCAGCACCGUCACAGUCACAGCAACAACAGCAACAGCAACAGCAACAACAGCAGCAGCAGCAGAUAAACCCUAGCUACACCCCUGAGCAUUCCCCGAGAGCAUAUGUGCCAGUUCGCCGGAAAUCUGGCCCCCCUCCUCCACCUCCUCCCCGGAGUAAUCCACCACCUAAACGCCACUCCUUACAUAAGGUGUUGCCCGCAAGAGACGAUCUUCAAGUCCACGCUACCAUACAGGAGCUGAAAGCCUUCCAAGAACAGCAGGCUUACCAGGAUAGACACGCCUAUGAGGAGCAACAAGCAUUUAAGGAGAGGCAGGCGUAUGAGGAGCAGAAAGCCUUUGAAGAACAACAACUAUUCCAAGAGCAGCAGGCUUUCCACGAACAGCAGGCGAAACUUUUCAAAGAAAGGCAGGCAUAUGAAGAGCAGAAGGCAUAUGAGGAGCAAAAAGCUUUCGAGGAACAACAAAUGUACCAGGAGCAACAAGCCUUUCAAAAGAGACAAGCAUAUGAACAGCGCCAAGCCUACCAGGAACAAAAAGCAUUUGAACAGCGUCAAGCCUACAAGGAGCAAAAAGCACUCGAGGAGCUUCAAGCCUACCAGGAGCAAAAAGCCUACGAAGAGCGAAAAGCUUAUGAGGAGCGUCAGGCCUACGAGGAGCAACAAGCAUAUCAAGAGCAGCAGAUGCAGCAGAUCUACCAGAGCCACCAUUCGAUGCCUACCCAGCCAACGCAGCAGAAGGCGCACUCGCCAUCGCCUCUCCAACAACUCCACCAAUCCUUACCCCCGCUCCCUUCCCCGGACUCCAACCACCACCAUCCCAGCCAUCCUCUGUUGAUGAUGCGCCAAGCACAGCAGCAGCAAGCCCACCAGAGUCAUCACCAACGACGCCAAUCCCGUUCAGCCCCGUCUCCUCACCAGCCAUCGCCCCAACCGACAUCUCAUCCCAGCCAACAAGGUCAGUAUGCUGAGGGCAUCUACCAAAGCCAUCAGGGUAUGAGGUCCCAGCCCCACCAUUCUUCUGAGGAGAUGCUCCACCAGAUGCACCAAGUCCCAGUCCAUCAUUCCUCUGCUGAGGUGCUCCAUCAGUUGCAACAGACCCAGGGCCACCACUCGUCAGCUGAGAUGAUCCAGCAGAUUCAACAAGCUCAUUCCCACUACUCGUCGUCAGAAAUGCUCAACCAAAUGCACAAAACCAAGGCCCACCAUUCCUCCACCGAGCUCUUGCAGCAAGCGCAUCAGUUGCAGCAAAUGCAGCCCCACCACUCCUCAACUGAACUCCUCCAUCAAGCUCACCAGAUGCAUCGAGGACAACCACACCAUUCUUCCUCGGAGCUGCUCCAUCAAAUGCAUAAACCUCAGGCCCACUACGCCUCCACGGAGCUGCUCCAUCAAACCCAUCAGAUACAUCAACACAAGGCCCAUCACUCCUCCACAGAGCUUCUGCAUCAAGCCCCACCUGAACCGGCCUCCCUCCCAGUUCAGCUAAACCGGGACGGCCACUCCCAUCAGAGUCGAAGAAGUCUUAAAGGUCAACAACAGAUGCAGCAAGGGAGACACCAAGAGCAGCAGAUCCACCAAACCCAUCACCCCCAGCCCACAAAGCCCUCUCCUCAAAGACCCCACUCCAUCCAGCAGACCCACCACCACUCCAGCUCGCCUCAAAUCCACCAUAUCCACCAUAUGACCCCACAACCUCUUCCGCAGGACUACCAACAUCAGAUUCAUGUUAUCCACCCUCCCCAGCAGCCCAACAGACCUCAGCCCCUUCUCUCCACCUUUCAACCCCUCCAGCCACACCAACCCACCUUCUCCUCUUUCCAGCCUCUGCCUCAGCACCACCAAUCCCAACAUCAAGUCCAGACCUCCACCCAGGCCACCCGUCCGCAGUCCCAGCCCUCACAUCACCUGCUGCAGUCUGCACACCAGUCACAAACUCAGUCCCAACACAAGCAUUCCCACGGCCAACCCCAGUCCCUCCCCCACUCUCUAUCCGACCCAACAGAGCACCUGGAGCCACCACCACCACCUCCACCCCUGCCCCCACCCUGCUCCCCUCCACCGUUACCCAGGCCGUCGCUCUCUAGGAUGGACUCCAACCAUAUGAGUGUGAAGAGGUUGCGCUGGGAGCAAGUGGAAAACUCAGAGGGGACCAUCUGGGGACAGCUGGGAGCAAAUUCCGAUUAUGACAAACUGCAUGACAUGGUGAAGUAUCUGGAUUUGGAGCUGCACUUUGGGACACAGAAGAGCUCAAUGCCUACUCUGGAGCUGCCCCCGCUAGAAACCUUCAAGAAGAAAGAUGUCGUUGAAAUUCUGUCCCAUAAGAAGGCCUACAAUGCCUCCAUCCUGAUAGCCCACCUGAAGCUCUCUCCAGGGGAGCUGCGUCAGGUGCUGAUGAACAUGGCCACCGAUAGGCUUGAGCCGGCCCACAUCAAGCAGCUGCUGCUGUAUGCCCCAGAUGCAGAGGAGGUCAAAAAGUAUGAAGAGUACAGACAGAACCCGAGCAAACUCAGCGAGCCAGACCAGUUUGUGUUGCAGAUGUUGUCAGUGCCCGAGUAUAAGACCCGCCUGGAGAGCCUCCUCUUCAAGUGUUCCUUGCAGGAGAAGACGGAGGAGUUGAGGGGAGCGUACGACUGUCUCUACAAGGCUUCUCUGGAGCUGAAGACGAGCAAGAAGCUGGCUAAGAUACUCGAGUUUGUGUUGGCGAUGGGGAACUACCUGAACAACAGCCAGCCCAAAACCAACAAGACCACAGGCUUCAAGAUCAACUUCCUCACAGAGUUGAGCACAACUAAGACAGUGGAUGGGAAGUCGACGUUUCUACAUAUUCUGGUCAAGUCGUUAUGUCAACACUUUCCUGAAGUGUUGGAUUUCUCCAAAGAUUUAACCAUGGUUCCUCUUGCAGCCAAAGUGAACCAGAGGACUAUCACAUCCGAUCUGAACGACCUUCAAACAACUCUUCAGGAUAUUCGCUCAGCCUGUCAGAAAAUGCCCACGACGGCUGAGGACCGCUUCGCUGCCGUCAUGAGUAACUUUCUGGAGAACAGUCAUCCAGCGGUGCAGUCUCUGGAGUCCCUGCAACAGAGAGCGAUGGAAGAAUUCAGCAAAACUGCCUCUUUCUUCGGAGAAGACGGAAACUCCACCAACACGGAGGCUUUCUUUGGGAUCUUUGGGGAGUUCAUGGGCAAGUUUGAGAGAGCCCUCGCUGAGCGGCAAGCUGCAGAAAACCAAAAGAGCCCCAGAAGUCCACGAAUGGCCUCCCCCUUGGCUUGGUAACACUCAUAUAAAACACAUAUAUGGAGACGACAACAUGGCUCCUUCAUCGGACAGACUGUAUGCAAAUAUACUGUAUAUACAUGCAACCAUUCACACCUGAAACUCAGCGCACCAUUUGAGCAAAAAAAGACUGGUUAUUGUUUUUUUGAUCAAAAUGAAGGCGGAGCCUUCUGCAUCAGAGAUAAACAGUUAGCUUUAUAUCAGUGGUAUUAUAUGUUCUGUUUAUUCUCUCAAGAUGAAACUGAGUUUUUUGGAAGUCUUAAACUUAAAUAUUUAAGACAAAUACAUAAAAAGAAACUGGCUGUUAACGUACCUUCACCAAGUGAGACAUAGUGACUCUGCAACAUCUUUUAAGUUUUCUUUCUGUAAGAGUUCAGUCGUUUUAUUUAUAUUUAUAGCUAAGAAUAAGAAAUAUAUAUAUCAAAAUAAACUAACUUUAUCCUGAAAUAGAUAUUGAAUUCACAUCGUUCACAUUAGAGCCUGGCCUAUCAUGUUAUAUCUGUAUCUGCACAUGUGUUUUCCUUUAAAAGCAAAUAUGAUUUUUUUUUUAUCAAACAUGCAGAAAACAAUGCUAGGGGUGGAUAAAAAAAAACGUACAUCAUCACGCCUAUUUCUGAUGUAACUGUUUACAAUACUUCAAGUGCUGUCUGCAGCAUGACUUCUGAGCAGCAUGAUGCUGAUCUGCACUAGACUUAAUUCAUAUUCUAUUAUAAUGUUAAAUGUUUGGUAACACUUUACAUGAAGGUCACAAUAUUCACCCUUAACUAGCUGCUUAUUAGCAUGCUAAUUAGUAGCAUACUGGCUGCUUAGUUGUCAUUAUUAAGCGCUCAUUAGUACCUUAUUCUACAUGACCAGAGUCUAAAGCUAACAGGUUAUUAACUAAGAGUUUACCGUCCUAAUUACUGAUUAUUGAUAGUAAGUCAGGAAGUUGUUGAACAUGAAUUAUAAUUUUAACAUUAGAGGUGUGGGAAAAAAAUCGAAUUAUGUAAAAAUUUAGAUUCUUAUACAUUCAUAACUUCCAAAAAUCGAUUUAUUAUUUUCUGGCUAAUCAGUCACUCCCUGCUAAGUGCUAAUGCUAGCUCUUUAACUCAUUAGAAUUAGUGAAUUGAGUGAAAACUCUUAGUUAAUGAACUAUGAGUUAUAGACUAUGGUCAUGUAGAAUAAGGUACUAAUAAGCAGCCAGUAUGCUACUAAUUAGCAUGCUAAUUAGAAACUAGUCAAUGGUGAAUAUUGUGACCUUCAUUUAAAGUGUUACCAACUCCUAUUAAAAAUUUACCUGCUGAAUAAAGAGCAGCUCCCGGAGUGAAUGUGCAGAGCUGAAUUGUGCGAAAUCGUAAGAAAAGAGUCUACUUCUAUUUCAACCCUUACUUUUUCAGUAUCUGUUGUUUUUAAAAAUGUUUUCUUUAUACCUUUUAAAGAUCAGCUGCCAUCUAAAAAAAAUCCCAUUUUGGACGGACUCUUAUUUAUGUGCACUUGAAGGUUUGGAAGAAUCCUCUUCUCUUAGCUGACAUGUGCUAUAUUUUUGUAAGCUGCCCACCACAACUGAAUGUAACAUAACUUCUGACUAAGUGUAGCCUAUGUUCUCUAAUAGUUCUUUUUAAUUUACUGCAUUAUAUUUAUGCCUUGGUGUAAGAGCCUCAGAAUUCCUCCCAUGCCGGUUAUAGCCAUCCUAACUCUUUUUUUAAUGCUGUUAUUCUGUAUUCUGAUACUUACCUUCUGAUACUAGUAACAUGAAUAUGUAUGAGACGAUGUAUAGUGGGAAACUUGGCACCUGUUUUUAUAAAACAUCAUUGUAACGGUUUAAGGAUCAUUCUUGACUCGUACAAAGUCAUCAUCACAACAUUUACAGGAAGCAGAAGUGGGAUCACGUGGAGCUAACAGCGGGCAGCGUGCAAUAUGUGUUAAGCUGUGUUCCACUGUUAGAUAUUAUUCUAUCUAAAGUAUAGCAGACAUUAAUCCUUUUGCACUGUACAGACAGAGAGUUGAUUUAAAGAAAACAGAUACAGCUGCUCCAUAAAAUACUGUAUGAAGCACUUUGUUCAUCCUGUGUGUAAAAUGGACAGCCUCACCUCCUUUAAGUUUAGUGUAGCAGAGCAGAGUCGUUUAUGUUGCCGAGUCAAACACUACGCUUCAGGUGAUGUUGUUGAACGGGUAAAUACAUUCUAAUGAUAAAAACAAUGUACCCAAUUAGAUUUUUUUUUUUUUCCAGCUUAAAUUACUGAAUGUAAACCUCUUAAGCGUUGCCGUCCAAUUAAUGCCUAUAAAGUGUUAAGUCUGUAUUUUGUAUUGUAUCCUAACAAUGCUGACAACUAUAAAGAGUGGUGUAACAUCUGAUGU